AUUUUGUAGAAACGUGUGGACUUCCCGUCACUCCGUUGUUACGUAUGUCCGCGAGGUAUUGAGCGCGUGCGGCUGUUUGUGGCCGCAGAGCUUCGUUUUCUUCAGAAACAGAUCGUUCUUAAAGCGGGGGGGUUGGUUCCACCUGGGAGGGGGGAUGAAAUGGUGUUUUACUUCACAAGUGCCGUGGUGGACCCCCCCUUCACGAUCUACAUGGGGAAGGACAAACAUGAAAAUGAAGACCUGAUCAAGUACGGCUGGCCCGAGGACAUCUGGUUUCACGUGGACAAACUCUCCUCCGCUCACGUUUACCUGAGAAUGCCAAAGGGCGGGACGAUAGACGACGUUCCUCCAGAGGUGUUGGUGGACUGCGCUCAGCUGGUGAAGAACAACAGCAUCCAGGGUUGUAAGAUGAACAACAUCAACGUGGUCUACACGCCGUGGGCCAACCUGAAGAAAACGGGGGACAUGGAUGUGGGGCAGAUCGGGUUCCACCGUCAAAAGGAGGUCCGCGUCGUGGCUGUGGAGAAGAAGAUCAACGAGAUCGUAAACCGUCUGGAGAAAACCAAAGUGGAGCGCUUCCCAGAUCUGGCAGCAGAGAAAGAAUCCAGAGAUCGAGAGGAGAGAAAUGAGAAGAAGGCUCAGCUGCAGGAGCAGAAGAGGAGGGAGAAGGAGGAGCAGAAGAAGAAGAAAGAGCUGGAGGAGCUCAGGAGUUAUUCGGCCCUCAUGACGUCUGAAAACAUGAAAACCAACGAGGACGGCUACGAUUCUGACGACUUCAUGUGAAGCAUGUGACCGCGCUCCGGCAGACAGCGGCCGGCCGCUCUGCGCCAGAAUGACACAAAGACCCGCAGACGUCCUCAGAGCCGAGGUCUGGAUGGGUUCUGAUUCCGGAUGAUGGUUUUGUUUCCGUCUGAGCCCAUUAAAGCGUGAACUCCUGGGAUGUGGCGUCUCUGGCGUGAAAUGACUGACGCCUCAGCAGAAACGGAACUCCAUCUCUUCAUCUGCUGUCACUGAAAAGGGAUCUUAUUUUGGCGGAAAUGCCAUCGGCAUCCUGGUUUGGGAAAUCUGUGGUGGUCUUUGUACAUCUGGGCCAGAACCUCUGGUAUAAAAGUUCUGUUUGUGGUUCUUCCGAUGCUUUGCUUUGGGUGGGAUGCCCUCUGCAUUUACCCCGACUUUGACAAGAAGCCCCUGAUUCUGACAUUCUUGUGAGAAAUACCACGGUGGAAAAAAAACACAAUUUCCCUUUUGAGCCUUCAAAAUAAAGUCCUUUUAUAAAGUGUACAUUUAAA